CUUUAUCACGUGUAAAUUCUCAAUCACUCUCCUUGACGUGUCUUUGUCUCUCUACAUUACCCUCCAUUAUUGACCUCUAAAAGAACAUAUAUACCUUCACAUCUCCUCCAAACAAAAAACUCCUUCACCUUUAUUCUUCCUCCAACCAAAAAUGAAGAAUCAAAUCCACUUCCUCCUCAUUUUCUCUCUCCUCCUCCUACUUUCCACCGCCACUUCCUCUUUCAUCGGCGUCAACUUCGGCCGCGUCGCCGACAACCUCCCACCACCUUCCUCCGUCGCUAACUUCCUCACUUCCCAAACUACCCUCACCUCCGUCAAACUCUUCGACUGCGACCCUCAAAUCCUCCAAGCUUUCGCUAACACUAACAUCUCUCUCACUGUCAACAUUCCCAACGCUAACAUCAUCCAACUCACCGACCCUUCCGCCGCCCAAUCAUGGGUGUCCUCCAACAUCCUCCCUUACCACCCUCAAACCAUCAUCCGCUACAUCGCGGUUGGAAACGAAGUUCACUUCUCUGGGGAUAAAGCCCUUAUAGCGAACACUGUCAAAGCAAUGGAGUCAAUUCACCAAGCACUGCAAUCCUCGAAAAUAACCGACAUCAAAGUUACCACCCCUCACUCCCUCGCCAUCUUACCCCCGUUAAUGUCCCCGAGUUCUGGACACUUCCAGAAGGGGUACGACCACGUCUUCUUCGGCCCGCUGCUGGAAUUCCACAGAAAAACUAAAUCACCUUUCAUGGUUAACCCCUAUCCUUACUUCGGGUUCAAUGCUUCAAUGAUUGAAUUCGCUAUAUUCAAGAAAAACGACGGCGUUUUGGACAAGGCAACUGGGUUAAAGUACUACAACAUGUUUGAUUACUUGAUGGAUGGGGUUUACUCUGCUAUGAAAAGGUUAGGCUAUGAUGACGUGGAUAUAGCUGUUGGUGAAACCGGUUGGCCCUCGGCCGGUGAUCCGGCUACCGAACCGGCGGCUACUUUGGAUAAUGCGGUUUCUUAUAAUGGAAAUUUAGUUAAGCAUUUGAAAUCUGGUAAGGGAACGCCGUUAAUGCCGAACCGGACAUUUGAUACUUAUAUUUUUGCUCUGUUUAAUGAAAAUCUUAAGGAGAGUGUUAGUGAGAGGAAUUACGGUUUGUUUAGACCGGAUUUUAGCCCGGUUUAUGACGUCGGAGUUCUGAAGUCGCCUUCUCAGGCGGGAGGACCCACAGCGGCACCAACGGCUCCAUCGCCGACGGAAUCAGGUGGGAAAUGGUGCGUGGCAAAACCAGAUGCAACUGAUGAUAAAUUACAAGGGAACUUAGAUUAUGUAUGUAGCUUAGGGAUCGACUGUAAGCCAAUACAGGAUGGUGGACCCUGUUUCGAUCCCAAUACUGUUAGAUCUCACGCAUCUUACGCCAUGAACGCUUACUACCACAUCAAUGGUCAGCAAGAUUCCGAUUGUUUCUUUGAUGGCACCGGUGUCGUCACCUCCAGUAACCCUAGUUAUGAAGCAUGUCAGUAUGUGACAUAACGACAUUGGUGGGAUCGUGGGAGCUCCAGAAUUAUUAAUAAAUAUUCAAACUACUACGGAGUACGUAUUUAGGUUAGUAGAUCAUUAAUUUUUAUUAGUUAAUCAUAAACUGUCAGUAAUUAGUACUAUAAGAUGAGUUGGAUGUAUUGUAGUUAGCAAAGAGAGUAUCGCUGCAAUAUUCUUGCAGAUGAUACAUUAUGCUGUUGUGAAUGUACUACCAGUACUGUACUAGUUACUUUAUUUCUUGUGUUGCAAAUUUGCAAUUACAUUAAAGUAUAUAGGUUUUUUCCUGGAAUGUGAUCAAA